AUUUAUGCCCAAAAUUAUCUGAGACGAUUUCGAUUCUCUAAACUCUUCCAAAAUUAACAUUUGUGUGGUGUUUAGUGAUUUAUGGUGAGAGAAGAAUUUCUCAUUGUUUCGAUCUUUGAAAAUGAAUUUUCAUGGAAUGAAGAGGAAGGAUCUACAAGCUCUAUGCAAAAAGAAUGGAAUCCCAGCAAAUUUGAAGAACAUUGAGAUGGCUACUAGACUCGCUUCUGUUCUCCAGAAGGAAACUGAAGGAACUUUAACGGAUACGAUAAGUUUGUCUGAGGAUUCUGUUGAUGUUCUUGAGGAUGAUGUAGCUGUUAAGAAAGUAAGAUUCAGUCCUGAGAAUGAAGUAUUUGAAUUCACUCGGUCUCUCAAGAGAUGUCAGCGGAAGUAUGUUAGCAAAAGGAAAGUUCAAGAAAGUGGAAUAGAGCUAAGGCGGUCAAAGCGAAGUGUUGCUAAAGGGAAAGCAAUAGCUGGAUCUAGUGAAAACGAGUCAAACACAAGAAGAGGUAACCGGUCUGAUGUUACAAAGGCUAUCGAGGUCCCAAGGCGGUCGAAACGAAGUGGCUCUACCGGUAGUAGUCAAGAAGACUGUAAAGUAACGGAGUUGAUGGCUUUGGAACAGUUUGAGUUUGAAAAUAUCUCGGAAGGAUUGUCUGGAAGUGAUCAGGAUGGUUUCAAGUUUGAAAAGAUUGGGAGACGCUCCACACAGCUGAUAUCGAAGACAGGAAACUUAUUACCUGUUAAUAAGUCAAAACGACUUGUAGACAUCAAAGAUAAUGAAGAUGAGCUUGUUAAGAAUAAUGUGAAUGAGGUAUCUAUGGAUCAGAGAAGGUCAAUAAGGCUUAAAGCUAGAGCUGCAAACCAAUCAAUGGGAGGUGAGUCAUCCGAUGGUAGACCCUUAUGCUCUGCUAAGGAAACUAAAGAAGAAAUAAAGAUUAAGCAGUCAAAAAGAUCUACGGUGGUCAGUAGUCAAAAAGAGCUUGUUGAGAGAAAAGCAAAGGAGCCUUUAGUAGAUAGCAAAGUUCCUAGGCGUUCGAAACGUCUUGCGAACGAUGUAAAUGUGCUACUGGAUAAGAGACCCGUUAAGGCUGUGAAACCUGAUUAUCUGAAAGUCAAAAAGGCUCCAAAACAGUCUAGGCGACUUGAGAAGAGUCUCAGUGAACUCCUAAUAGAUGGCCAAGCUCAAAAGGGUGAUAAACAGCGAACUUUUGGAAAUGGUCGUGAGGGUAAAAAGCUUCUACGAAGUUCGAAACACACUGCAUCAAAUAAUAUGUUGGGUCAAGCACUGAGUAAUUCACUGAAACGUUGUUCAGUUAUUGACGGUGAACGAGCUGGAGUCUCUGUUGGUGAUGUGAAGAAGUCAAAUGUGAAUAAUGAAAUGCAGAUCCGUGUUAGAGUUACUAGGAACUCUUCGAGGCAUCAUUCAUUUAAGGCUCCAAUAGAGUUUGAAAGGAAUCUUAUUGAAAAGAAGUCGGAUGAAACUUUUGUCAAAUCAUCUAAAAGAGGUACUAGGAGGAUGAAGCGGGGCAGAUCAGCAGAGCCAGGGAAGGACAUAGAAACUCAGAGCAAUCUAACGUCAAAAAAACUUUUGAAUGAGUAUACUCAGUUUGAGCAAGAAGAAGCAUGUGACGCUAAUGUGGAAGUUAGAGGCUCCUCCAAGAAGGCAAAGACGAUGAAUCAAGAAUGCGUUAAGGAUAUACCACAAGUAAUGACUGAGAACUCACCUUCUUCAUCCGAAACCAUAGCUGCGGAAUCUGUUAUGAUUGUUGAGAAUGUUUUGGAUUCUUCACCGGAAAAAUCAGUUGAUAGUUCUCAAAGAACAAACACUCAAGAGUUGAAUUCGGAAGUUAUGGAAGGAAAACAUGAAGAGAAACUUGAGGGAGACACAGUUUUGAUGGUUGCGAUUGAGGAGGAAAAAAAGGAAGUAUCAUCAAGCUCUGUACUUCUUAGUGAGCGUUUAUCACCUACUUCAGUACAAUUUGCAGUAAGCAACUCUAAAGCUGAGCUAGUUGUCCCUACCGGCCAUAUCCUUCUUAAUGAUUUUGCUGAGGAAAAUAGCAAAACCAAGGAGGAGGGCCUUAUUUUCACUCCUGUAUCUGAGCUUAAGGAGCCCAUCUCUGUAGAAGCAAUCUUGGAAAACUCAGUUGAAUGUUGGAACGAGAUUCAUUUAAGCAAACAUGAUGAGAAAGGUACUAAUAUACAAGCAGAAAAUCUACAUGGAAACUUCUCUGAAUGCAACACUGAGAAUAGUAAGGUUGUCAUUGUCCAUCCGGAGAUGCUGGAUGAGAUAAGUGUCAGUCAUUGUGUAGACCUGGAGAUGCUGGAUGAGGUCAAGAAUGGCAAUCUGGAGAAAUCCGAGCAAAGAAGUGGCUGUAAACUUAAUCCGUUGGAGCUAAAAAGAUUCUCGUCAACUGACUUCACUUCUCAUUCUCUCAAGGAAAAGAAGGUUUCAAAGUGUUUUAAGGAAGACGAACUAAGAGCUUGGUCCGAACCUCUACCCAGAAACAAAAAUGCUAGCGCCUUUGAUGAGUUAGCUAUAUUCACUACCCCAGAGAGGAACUUAAUGUUGAGGGGAAAACUCAGUGAAAAUGGAAAGACGCUUGCAGCUGAUUCAGUUAUCCAUCACAAUGUUAUAGCAGUAGAGUCUCACGCUGUUGUUUUCACAGCUUCUAAACAAGCUGGGACAGAUGAGGCCGGAAAGGAAGAAGAACAUACAGCUACCAACUUUCCGGAUGAAUCUGAUGUUUUCAAUACCACCAAGAAAUUGGGAGGCUCCAGACAAACCGAAGCUAGAAAUGAAGGCGAAAGUAUAGUUGUUGAGCUUCAUGAUGAGUCUGACAUUGCUACUAGUCUAGAAAGACAACUCAGUGCGGGAGACUCUAAAGGAGAGGGAAUCGGUAGGAAUGAAGAAAAUAUGACUGUUGAGCUCCAUUGUGAACCUGACACUUGCACUAGCCCGGAUGGACAUACACUCUUGGGAAAUUAUGUAUCAGAUGGAGCAGAAAAUAGUGAAGAGAACAAAGCUAUGGAGUUCAAUGACGAAUCUGUUGAUUUAACUGCUUCAGAGAGACAUGAGAUUUGUAGAUCUUUUGGACAAGAUAGAGCUAGAGAAAGUGAAGGAAAAAAGGUUGUGCUGUUCUAUGAGGAAUCGCUACACAGUGAUCAACCUUUAGCAGAUUCUGAACUAGGCGAAGCAGAAUGUCAAGAAAUCAACAGUGCUGACAAGUCAAGUCUUUUUACAAGCCUGGAGAGACAACAACUAUUCUAUGAGUGUUAUGUUCCCAAUGUUCGAGAAGACUCGGAACGGGACGAAGCUGCAACAAGUGAAGAAAACAAGGCUGUGGAAUUGCAAGUUGACUGUGGCAUUUUCACAACUCCCGAGAAACAUUUACUACUUGAAACAGAUGAAGGGGUAAAAGGAGACAAUAUAACCGCCAAGUCACAUGUUUUGUCUGAUGUUCUCGCUGCUGAUGUGCCCCAUUCUCUUAUGGGAGACUCUGAGCCAGAUGAAGCUGAAAAAACCUCCGUAGAGAUCAAGGAUGUGGAAUUGUUGGGUGAAUCUAACUCUUCCACUAAUCCAGAGAGCCCCACACUGUUUGGAAACUCCGAACUAGAUGAAUCAAGAGAUUCUUCAGCAGCCACGUGCGAAGAGGCUUUUGUUACCACUUCUCCAGAGAAAGAACUUUUAAUUAACCCUGGAAAGCAAGAACAAAAGGAGGUGGACGAAAAUGUGGUUCAGGAAAGUCACGUUGCAGCUCCAGAUUUCAGAGGAAACACCAUUGUUGACUCAAGCGGUGGUAUCGCAUCCAAAGUUUCUUACAACCAUGAGCUUAAUGCGGGGCAAGAAACUGCAUGUGCAGAGUUAAUGUCAAAAGGUUCUCAGGCAGAGGAUGUUGUAGGUCUUGAUGCUACACAAGGGACAUCAAAGAAAAGAAGAGGGCAUUCUCCACAUGCUGACUCAGUAAAUCUUUUUGAUUCUAACAUUGAGGAGGUAGAUACAAUCAUGGAAGCAGAAAGAAAUAUUUCCUUUAGCUCCUAUGUUGCGGUACCAGCCGAGGGUAACUCCGAGACAAUUGGCGAAAUUUCCAGCUACCUUGAAGUUGCUGGAACCUGUUCCAUGGUGUUUGAUGAAUCUGGAUCUUCCACAGACAUUCAGAACCAAAUAAAUGAUGCGCUGAAGGAAUGGGCAAUAACAGACAAAAAUGAAGCAGAUGAGCUCAUAGAAGCAAUUGUAACUAAGAACAUUCAAAAAGACUUCGAAGGAAAUCUCCUUCUGAACUCCUCAGGUGGUGGCUCUAAUGUCUCUGGAGAAACAAGCAUCUUAGCUGGAACGGCGGAUGAAGAUGAAGCAGCUGGUCCAAUUGCUAUUGCCUUCGUUAAAGCUAUGUCUCUGACUCCUGAUGAAUUGACUGUUAAGAAUCACAUGAAUGAAAAAGCUGCAGAUGAGGAAAUGAUCACGAGAGAAACUACUCCAAUUCCUGAAGAAACCAUCAAUGAGUCUUCUGAGAACAGGAAGGAGUAUUCAAGCAUUGAUGAAUCAGCUACGUUAUCCGAGAUGCAAGUAAGAAGAGAACCAACCUUGAUUUUCAGAACACAAGUGAAGCCUACGAAGCAUGACAUGAAAGAGAAUGCACCAAACUCAAAAAUUGUGCAUAAUCUUAACGUAACAGCUCCAAGAACAUCAAAGAGACAGCCUCUCCAAGACUUGAACAAGAACUAGAUGACGGAAUUAGCAUAUCUCAUGCACGUUAAGACCUUGUCUAAAACUUCUCUUCUUCUCUUAUAUAUUUAUGUGUUAUGAAACGCCUAUCAUGAAUUAGCUCUACUAAAUCUAGCAACCUUUCAAAUUUGCAGUAUUGCAGGUGUCUCUGUGUCUUUAAAAUAGUUGCC